CCUAAAUACAAAGGCAUUUGCUUCCAAGGAAUUGUGGAAACUUUCACUCUCAAAUUUUUUUACCAAAAUGAGCAAGAAAGCUCCAAACAUAGUAAAACUAAGAAGCAACAUUCCAAAGCUUCUUGUCUAUCUAUAAAGACUAUUAUUGCUAAAUGUUGAAGCAUCACUCAAUUGAUUGAAAAGAUCACUUAGUAGAAGAUUCCAAGAGAGAAUGGCCUCAUACCCUAACAAGUUGAUAGCUCAGUUGGCAUUCAAGGCUGGUGGGCAUGUGUUUCAUCAGCUCGCGUCUCUUAAUCCCCGUCACUUCAUCAAAGCCACCCCUACGCACAUCCAGGAGUGUAAGUUGCAUCAAGGUGAUUAUGGAGUCAAUGGCUCCGUAAUCGAGUGGAGCUACACCGUUGGCGGCGAAACACGUGCUUCAAGGCAUCGACAAAGAGAAGAAGCAAAUCUUGUGGAAGAUGCUCGAAGGAGACCUUUGUGUGCUCUACAAGGACUUGGUCAUAACGGCCCAUGUUGAGAUCAAAAAUGGCGUCGACUUCAUCACUUGGACUAUAGACUACGAGCUCAUCUCACCCAAAAAUCCGCACCUGAUUUCCUUCUUGAACUUCCUCAUCUGUCUCACUAAAGACUUGGAGUCUCGCAUCUUUGGAUGAAUGAUCGCCUAAGUGUUGGGAAUUUGAUCUCACCAACCUACCCACAUAAUAAAUAUUGUUGAUUUUAUCAAGUCUAUAUAUAUAUAUAUAUAUAUAUAUAUAUAUGUUGUAAUUGCUAUAAGUGAGGGUUUGGUGAAGUUUAUGACUAUAUAUGUUCUCCACUCAAAAUCUAUGAAUUAUAUGUUUGUGUCAA